AUGCCAGACCCAACGAUCAAAGGUCUACCUCCCCCUCCUACGACCUACGACGGGUCUUCACUACGAAUAGCCAUCGUACACGCUCGUUGGAACACAGUCAUCAUUGAUUCUCUCGUUCAAGGAUGUAUCACCAAACUUCAAUCUCAAGGUGUCAAAAGGGAGAACAUUGUGGUUAAGAGUGUUCCGGGGAGUUACGAAUUACCUUUUGCUUGUCAACGACUCAUAGCUGCAGGCCAAAUACAAUCUUCCAACUCUGCUCCGUCCAUGCUCACCUCAACUACCAACCUACUUUCCCUCAUCGAUACUACCGAUAGACCUUCCACACCUGUGGGUCCCACCUCUGCCUCUGCCUCAACAGCAUCUACAGCUCCUUUCUCCGCUGUCAUCGCCAUUGGAUGUUUGAUCAAAGGCAGUACCAUGCAUUUCGAGUAUAUAUGCGAUGCUGUGACACAUGGGUUGAUGAGGGUUCAGUUGGAUACGGGGACGCCGGUGGUUUUUGGGGUAUUGACGGCUUUGACGGAUGAUCAGGCUUUGGAGAGGGCUGGGAUUGGUAGAGGGGAGAAUGGAGCUGGACAUAAUCACGGCGAGGAUUGGGCUUUGGCGGCGGUAGAACUAGCUAGUCAAUGUUCUGACUGGGCCAAGGGACAACUCUAGAUAUGCACAUCUUCUCGCU